GAGAGACGUGUAGAUCGCUGCUCUGCGCCUUGCAACUGCAACAGCAUGCCGUUCGGCAUCACGUUCGCUCCUAUCAACGUGCCACUUCGACGACGCUUGCAGACCUUGGCAGUUGUCCAUUACGUAGUCAUAUUUCUUAUGUCCAUCGGGCCAGCCAUCCCAUGGCUACUUAUAACCGCUCUGCUAGUGUUUGCUCCCAUCUUGUCUCCUCUCAUUAUCUCCUACCUCUUCUGGAUUUACGUGUGGGACAGACAGACAGCACACAGAGGUGGAAGGCGACUCUCAUUCAUGAGACGUCUCUCGUUGUGGACUUACUUCAGGGACUUUUUUCCAAUCGAUUUAUUGAAGACGUCAGAUCUAGACCCGAGCAAUAAUUAUAUUUUCUGCUGUCAUCCUCAUGGCAUUUUCAGUAUUGGACACUUUGCCACGUUUGGCACUGAGGGUACAGGUUUCAGUGAGAAAUAUCCGGGCAUUACACCGCAUCUUAUGACUUUGGAUGUGAAUUUAAAGGCGCCGUUGCUGAGAGAUUAUAUUAUGGCGGCUGGAGUGUGUGCCUCUAGCAAAGAGAGCUGUUUGCACUGUUUGAAUAGUGGUCCUGGCCAUUCGGUGGCAUUAGUUGUUGGUGGUGCAGCUGAAUCGUUGGAGGCGAGGCCGGGAUCGACCACUCUGGUGUUAAAGGAUCGACGAGGCUUUGUGAAGAUUGCUCUUAUGACAGGGGCCUCUCUUGUUCCUGUAUAUGCUUUUGGAGAAAACAACCUUUACAAGCAAGUAGACAACCCUCCAGGAUCUCUCCUGCGAAGAGUACAAGGCAGAAUCAAGAAAACAAUGGGUUUUGCACCACCAGUUUUCUAUGGCCGUGGCAUUUUCAAUUAUACUCUUGGACUACUACCACACAGACAUCCAGUCCAUGUAGUAGUUGGAGAACCCAUUGAUGUCAAAAAGGUUGAAAAUCCUGACGACGAUCAAGUUGAAAAGGUAUAUAAACAGUACACCGAGGCACUAAUACAACUGUUUAACUCACACAAGACAAAGUAUGGCGUGUCAGAAGAUACCGAGCUUGAUUUUGUUUGAUGAUUUUGGUUUGCAAUACCUAUUCAAAACAAGCAUGCUAUGGUCUGUCUUGUCUCUAUGGGGACAUUACAAAUCACUAGCAAUCAUAGUGUGUAUUCUUAUUUUUAUCAGUAUUCUGUGUUUCUACGUUUUUGUGAUCGAACAUCCUGCAUGGGAAAGACAUUAUAUAAGUGCCAUAGAUCUUGCUUUAACUGAUUGGCAGUAGACAAUAGAAUGGUUUUGUUGCAGUACUUUUGACAGUUUGAUUAACUUUAGCAGCAGGCGAAACAGCUUUGCAAUGAUUGAGUAUAAUGGUAAACAUGCCAUGACAAGAUCAUUCAAUACAGAAAGUGUUGCAGAUGUAUGAUGCAUCCAACGAUACAUGUAGCUGCAGUAAGUAUUCACAUACAGUUGUUACUACUGAAGUGGUUUGCUUGUGGCCUACCCUGUCAC